AUGGAGGAAGAAUUAAGAGAUAUGAAAGCAAACAAAGAUUACUACAACAUGCUUCAUUACGUUGCAGAUGCGCAACAGGGCAUUAAGUUUAACUUGGAACAUGCGUGGAGGGAGCUUAGGCAUGAUGUGAAAUGGUCGUCCACCUAUCUCGAGAAGGACAGUGGUAAGGACAAGCGCAAACCUGUUGAUUCUGAUGCUCAAGGGUCAGUGACAGAGCCACAAGAGAGACCCAUGGGAGUUAAGGCAGCUAAGGCUGCUGGCAAGAGGAAGAAACUUGGAAAAGAAGAAGAACUAGGACAACUUAAAGAAAUGAUGGAGACCAAAAAGCAAAUUUCAAAUCAGAGUUUGCUUGCAAGUUUGGUUGCAAAGACCGAGCCACUCUCUGAUAUGGAAGAAGCUCUGAAAAUGAAAUUGCUGUCUGAGAUGUUGUCAUUAUUGAUGGUCAAGUACAAGCCCAUGUGA